AUGACCUGCCACCACAAGAGAAAGGCUAGUGAGCAGCACCUCCUCGUGGACUUCGGGUGCAACCACAGGGAGGAGAUGGCAGUGCCACCAGCAGGAGUGGAUAUGGGCACUGGCCACCUUACCAACCAGUGCUUUGACGAUCUUCCUCCUCAUGCCGCUGCUGCACCUCUGCCAGGGGUUUGUCCGGGCCGAUCAUCCCUUUGCCUGCGCCCUCCGCCGCGCGCGCCUGCGCAAAGUGGGCCGCGGGCCGCCGAGGCCAUUAGGAUGUUGGUACCGCGGUAUUGGGGCCCCGGUCUGGUCCGUGGCUCGUUGGGCAGGAGGCAGAGCCCCCAGUGGCGAGCGCUGGCCGGCCUCGGCGGGUCUGUAGGCUGGGAGGACGGCUCAGACGUCCGAGUGCGCGAGAAGCCGCCCUGGAGGGUUCUCUUCUUCGGCACGGACCGUUUCGCCCAAGAGACUCUGCGGGCUCUGCACGCCGCCAGGGAAAACAAAGAAGAAGAGUUAAUCGACAAAUUGGAGGUGGUCACAGUGCCUUCCCCAUCACCAAAAGGAUUGCCAGUGAAGCAAUAUGCUGUGCAGUCUCAGCUUCCAGUGUACGAGUGGCCAGACAUGGGAUCUGGAGAAUAUGAUGUUGGAGUAGUGGCUUCAUUUGGCCGUCUUUUGAGUGAGGCUCUUAUUGUUAAAUUUCCCUAUGGCAUAUUGAAUGUCCAUCCCAGUUGCCUCCCGAGGUGGCGUGGUCCAGCCCCUAUAAUCCACACAGUGCUUCACGGAGAUUCUGUUGCUGGAGUAACAAUUAUGCAAAUUAGACCUAAAAGAUUUGAUGUAGGCCCAAUUCUCAAACAAGAAACCAUUCCAGUGCCACCCAAGAGUACUACAAAGGAAUUAGAAGCAGUGUUGUCAAGACUGGGCGCUAACAUGCUUAUUUCAGUUUUGAAAAAUUUGCCUGAGAGCCUGAACAGUGGAAGGCAGCAGCCAACAGAGGGGGUGACAUAUGCCCCUAAGAUUUCUGCUGGUACCAGCUGUAUAAAGUGGGAGGAACAAACUUCAGAGCAAAUAUUCAGACUUCAUCGUGCCAUUGGAGAUAUAAUUCCAUUGCAGACACUCUGGAUGGAGAAUACCAUUAAACUUCUGGAUUUGGUAGAAGUUGACAGCCCAGUCCUUGCUGAUCAGAUAUUAAUAAGAGAGGCUAUUAUUCCAGGAUCAGUUAUAUACCACAAGCAAUCACAAAUCCUGCUGGUUUAUUGCAAGGAUGGCUGGAUUGGUGUUCGAUCAGUGAUGCUUAAGAAAACACUGACAGCUACUGAUUUCUACAAUGGAUAUUUGCACCCCUGGUUCCAAAAAAAUUCCCCAGCUCAACCAAGCCAAUGGAGAUUUCAGACUCUCAGGCAUCCAACGAAGAAGAAGCAGGAAAAAAAAAUUGUUGCUAUGCAACAGUGCAUUAAGUAGUUAGGAAGCAGAAGGACCUAUUACAUAUUUGUAAUUUAUUAAAAGCCUUAUUUACAAGGAA